ACGUGACAUCAGCCUGGAGGGAAAAAGGGGGGCGGACUUGAGAUUCCUUCUCUAUCUUCCCGAGGAUUUGAGAGGCUGAGGCUCCCUCAGCGCCGCCCCCUUCAUUUCCUAACAGUCAACAGGAAGACUGGAGGCCAGGGAGCGCGGCCACACUCUGCACGAGGGGAAGGACGCAGUCUAGCUGCACACUCAGACCCAGGGAAAACAAUCAAGGCAAAGGAAUGAGCAAGAAUCAGAACGAGGUGAAGAAAAUCCAGUCCGUUUAUCUGCAGAACAUAGAAAGGCUGAACCAAGGGAAGAGGCAGGAGAAGAAAAGUUGGAAACCAAAGGAAGGCGAGUUUGCUGUGCAAACAGCGAUGGAAAAGCUGCUGCAGACUCCCAUAGCCGGACAAGUGACCAAAAGCUCCGCUCACAGAAUCAGCAGGGACCUCACCUGCUCCAUAUGCCUGGAUCUUUUCAAGCAGCCCGUGUCGUUGCCCUGCGAUCACACCUUUUGCCAGGGGUGCAUCGAGGGCUACUGGACGGGUCCCCGGUGCCCGGCGCAGGGGAGCACCGGCUCCUGCCCUCAGUGCAGGAAGGUGUACCCGGGGCAGAGCUACCGGCCCAACCGCAUCGUCGCCAACAUCGUGGAGAGCUACUGUCAGGGUCUGGAGGAGAGCGGCGCCGGGGCCCGACUGGUGGACGUGGGGGUGCCGGAGAGGGCCCCCGCUCCCGUCCCCCGGUGCAGCCGGCACAGGGAGGAGCUGAAGCUGUACUGCGAGGAGGACCAGGAGCUGGUGUGUCUGGUGUGCGGCGUUUCACAGGAGCACAGGAACCACACCAUGAUGUGCGUGCAGGAGGCUGAGCAGAAGUACAGGGCUUCUCUGAACAGCUCCAUGGAUUCUCUCAAAGCUGAGCUCAACACGGCGCUGCAGUGUGACCGGGAAGCCGAAGACGAGGUCAAAAAGCUCAAGGAGCACACGGCCGACCUGAAGCAGCGCAUCGAGGCCCAGUUCAGCGACCUGCACCAGUUCCUGUAUCAGGAGGAGAAGCUGCUGCAGGUGAAGCUGAAGACGGAGGAGCGGCGGGAGCUGAUCCGCCUGGACGAGCACAAGGCCCUGCUGUGCGUGGAGAUCUCCCGUCUGCAGAGGGCCGUGCACGAGAUCGAGGACAAGCUGCAGGAGCAGGACCCCUUCACUCUGCUCAGGAGCAUCAAAGUCCUGCUUCAGAGGCCGUCGCUGAAGUUCGAGAAACCGGCCUUCACGCCGCCCAGCCUGUGCGAGGGCCGCUUCGCGGGGCCCCUGCAGUACAGAGUGUGGAAAUCCAUGAAAGGAAGCAUCUAUCCAGUUCCUGCAGCCAUCACCUUCAACUCCAGCACGGCCAACCCGUGGCUCAGCCUCACCUCCUCCCUCACCUGCGUGCGCUACCAGACCUUCAACCACACGGUGCAGGACAACCCCUACAGGUUCAACGCCGCCCUCUCGCUGCUCGGCAGCCAGGGCUUCACCCACGGGCGCCACUACUGGGAGAUCGAGGUGUACAGCAGCACGGUGUGGACCGUGGGCGUGGCCCGAGAGUCCGUGCCCAGGAAGGGGGUCAUCAAGGCCCUCCCGGCCAACGGCUUCUGGACCCUGUCCCUCUCCUACGGGGUGCAGUACAUGGCCGGCACGUCCCCGCCCACCGUCCUGUCCCUGGAGGAGCCGCUGGCCCGGAUCGGGGUGUACCUGGACUACAGGAGGGGCCUGGUGUCCUUCUACAACGCAGAGAGCAUGACUCACCUGUACACCUUCAGAGAGACCUUCACAGAGACCCUGUAUCCUUACUUUAACCUGGGCUUCCUGGAUAAAGUGCAUGAGAACGAGCCUCUGAAGGUUUUCUUACCAAAGAUUUAACUGAGUGGAAGCGUAGACGUCACAGAGAAGAGACCAAAGAACUGUGAACUGAACGUGCACGUGAGAAAAGCGACAAACAGUGUGUUUGUGCUGAAUAUAGACGAAUGAAAUCAGCCAGUGUGUCUGAGCCUGACCUUUAUUUUGUAGCACAGGCCACUCUGUAGACUGGAUCUACUGCCACACAUCUCAUGUCAGAGAAGCCGAGCUUCGGUGAAGACUGUGAAUCUCUUUGGUUGUGACUGUGGUGACAUCGUUGAACUAUGCAAUCAUACUUUUUAUAUUCAGUGAUCUGUCUUGCUUCCUUAAAAUUCAUAUGCGAUCGUGUUUGUUUAUUAUUCUAACGUUUUACUCGUCAUAUUCUCUGAUGACGAUGCAUUCAGGAACCUUAAGGAUGCUAAUGUGUUUGCGUUCACAGCAACCUCUGACCAAAUGAUUUAAUGGCUACUCUGUGCUAACUGUGCUCCAGCUGUUUACUUUGGUCGAACCAGAGUCUGAGGCGCUAAAUGUCGUACAGUAUUACGCAGGUAACAAUUUAAUAAAGGCAAUUUUUGAACA